UCAAAGUACAAGUCCAACUUCCUGAAUGCAAGUGCUGUUUUUAAGAAAGAAUUAUGCAGAAAAUCCAAAUAGUGUUUACAAACUUCUGUUAACUUUUUUGGAGGAAGAACUGAAGGACUUCACAACAGAUAAGAAGCAAUCUGAAAAUAUGUAUUACUUGUACUGCCUUAGAUAUACGUUUUCAAAGAACAGAAUGGAAUACAAGAACACAAAAACUAUUCUUGACUGAGAUCGCUUACUGUAAAAACUGCAUAUUACUGAAACUUUGUUCUGGUAAUAUGGUAUCAUUCAUCUGUCUGCUUGUUAGGUUAUAGGAGCACCUGAAUCCAACAGUAAUUUUUAUCACAUGGGCACGAUAAAGAUACUUUGGAAAAAAAGCGGUUAAAUGGGAACUGAGUGCAUUUGUCUCUGCUGCACAAAUUUAAAGUUGGAUAUUUUUUUUGUAAAAUAAAUAAACAACAGUUUAUUCUUCUUUUUGGAUAUUGACAGUUUACGAUUAGCAGUAUAGUGAAAGAUGGAGGCUGCAGAUUCUCAGCAAAAGCGGGAAGAAGGCUUUCAGAAGCGAUCCCCAUUCGAGAUGAUUAUGAACCAAAUCCGGAGGAAGAAAUCAUUUGCUGAAAGACAGCAUCGUUCUUCUGUAUCAAGAUUCUUCAGAUCAUCAGAACAGGACAAGUCUAAAACAGAGAGCAUUCCGGAAAAAAAUGAAGGAGAUGAGAAAGCCAGUUCUGAAACUGACGGAGAGGAUAAAGAAAAUAUUAGCCGUCUAUCAGAUGAACCUCAGUCUCCAGAUUUUGACCAGCCUUCUACAAAAGGAUGGGGAAGAGUGAAACUUUUCAUGGAAAGAAUGGGAAAGAAGCCUAGCAGUAAGAAUCUGAACCUCAACAACUGUUCAUUAACAGCAACAGACAUCAUAGAUUUAACCACAAUAUUGCCAUACUUAACUGCUUUGGAAGAACUUGAUUUAUCGUGGAAUGAUUUCAUUGGUGGGGCACUGAAACCUUUAACCUUGCAUCUCCAGUAUGUGAACAGCUUAAAAAUUCUCAAACUGAAUAACUGCAGACUUACUGUAGAUGAUAUAACUGCAUUAGGAGAGGCUUUUGUGAUCAUUCCAAAUCUUGAAGAACUGGAUUUGUCCUGGAAUAGUUACAUUGGAGGCAAUCUGUCCAAUCUUACUCAGAAUGUUCAAGCCAAAUGUAAAAUAAAACAGCUUCGGUUCCUUGACUGCAGUCUGUCGGGAGAAGAUAUAUUAUUAUUAGGAAAGACCUUGCACCUAGUUCCUGAACUUGAAUUGCUGGACUUAUCUCUUAAUAAGAACAUUGGAAGCACCAUAGAAAUACUUGCUCAGGAAAUGAAACAUGUUCCAAAACUGAAGUCCUUAAAAUUGCAUAAAUGUGGUAUUACACAAGAUGGGAUUCGGCUUUUAGGGGAUGCCUUCCAGUAUUUUCCUGAGUUAAAAAAACUUGAUUUAUCAGGCAACAAAGAGGCCGGAGGGGGAUUUAAGACAGCAGCAUGUCAUCUAGCAGGCCUUAAGGAGCUUCAGAGUUUGGAUCUUCAUCAGUGCUCCCUAACACACGAGGACACAGCAGCUCUGACCCAGGUGAUACCCUUGAUAACCAGCCUUCAGGUUUUAAAUUUGUCUUCAAACAAGAAUGUCGGUGCCUCUUCCCAGCAUCUGUGCUCAAGGCUCAGGUUUUUACCAAAGUUAAAAUCCAUACAUCUGAACAACUGUGGUUUGAAUGAGGACUCUUACAGAGCACUGGCUGAAUCUGCACCUUACCUAACAGUGCUGGAUACAUUAGACUUGUCAUGGAACAAGUGCAUCGGUGGACAACUGAACAUCCUUAUGGAAAUGUUGGGUGCGGGAACAGCACUUCAGGCAUUAAAACUCAGCAGCUGCAAUCUGAUGGCUGAGGACCUGGAAGCUCUAGCAUCAGUGUGUCAGUCAGGCUACUUGGCCAAGUUACAAAAAUUGGACUUAAUGUACAAUGACACCGUGGAUGAAGUAGGAUGGAACUCUUUCUUCAGGGAUCUGAAUGGACUAACAGAAUUGUCAGAAAUGGAUAUUAGUCUUCGACCGUCAGCUCGUAGGGAAUGUGGAUCUUGGUUCAGCAGCCUUACAGAAUGCCUGACAAGACUGCCUGCCCUUAAGGAGUUUGGAAUGCAGCGAUGGAUUUUAACUGCAUCUCAGAGGAACUCCCUUGAGCAUUUUAAUAAAGAAAAUAAACAAAACAUUCAAUUUGAAUAUUACCACUCCACACGAAUUGAUACACAAAGUCCUUCAUAGGAAUGUUGCAGAUUAUUGGCAAAGAUACACUUAAGUUCAAAUGUCUCCAUUUUAUUAUUAUUAUUGUCAUUGUAAUGGAUUGCAGAGAAUGAAUUCAAAUCUGAUGAAUUUGCUUAGAUCAAAACCAUUCUUUUUAGUUGUAUGUUAGUUCAUGUUGCAUUGUUAAUGACUUUAAUAUAGUUCAAAAAGACACCACUAAUUUAUUUUGCAUUUUAGCAAGUAGUUAUUUAUUUUUUUUGCAAAUUGUGAAAACUAAAAAAAUACAUAAAUUCACUGCCAGAAAGAAUAUUUAUAAUAAUUUACUGAAGAAUACCUUGUGAUAACAAGAUUAAUUGUUUCUAGGGGUGCUGAGGGGAUACCUGAUUAUAGUGUCAUUUUUGCUAGACAUUUGGCUGGAUAAGUGUGAUGUUAAUUGCAAAGCAUUUCACUGGUUUCAUGAAAUCUGCAUGCACUCACUUAGGAAUUUGCAUGGUAACAAAAUUAUUUUGUACAGGAGCCUGGAACAUAUCCAUGAAGAUUGUUUUCAUUAGUUACACCAAAAAAUACAAAUUGAUUUGCAUUAGAAGUGUGAAAUGCAUAGCAUGUGACUAUCUUACUGCCCUUAAAUAUCAUUAUCUGUAUUAUUUGCAGUUUUUAAAUUAAAAUACAGAUAUCUAUGUAACAGAAACCUAAAGUGUUCAUAUAGUUUGGGUUAAACAAUGAAUUGCCUAGAUGUACACUUUUUAUGACGCUUUUACUUAAUGGCUUGUAUUUUAAAUGCUCCCCUUUUACAACUAACCCAUGAAAGAAAGUAACAAUGCUGGAUAUGUAUUGUUGAAAUGAAUGACUGCCAGAUGGUUCCACCACUGCAGCCAUUUCCAUUGACAGUGAUGGCUUCCACUUGGGUUUGACAAGUGGGCAUGAGUGCAACAGGAGAAGUCAGCUUGGGGGGGGUGGUGGUGUAGGUGGUGAUAACUGACUGAUAUACUUAAAAUCAGUUUCUGAAAAGUUGACCACUAAUGGACUGUAGGUGUUGACUUGCCCAGCAGCUGCAUGUGAUGUCCACCUUUAUUUAUGGGGAUACAUUGAAAUUGCAGAGAUGCAUUGCAUUGAAGGCAGUGUGCCCACUCCAAAUAGUUGCAUAAAGCGUUCUUUCAUGCCUCCCCUGCCUGUCAUACCAGUAGAGUUAAGUUCUCUAGUGAAACUUGGGGAAUGUAGGGCUACAAAAUGUGUUAGAGUGACAGCAGGAAUACAGGGUUAAAUGAGAGCGUGAGUAAGAUGAAAACAAAAUAUUAAAAAAAAAAGAUAAGAUUGCCAAAAAUAUCUGUUUGAGGUUUUUAUUUAAAAUGGUUAUAGCUUGUGAUUCAUGAACUGAUACAAACCAAUUGAUAAAAGCUUUGAUGAAAAUAUUGAAAAAUAUAAAAGUUACAUAUCUGCAGCCACAUUGUCAUACCACCACAUGUUCUGUGGUAUUGCUUUUUGAUACUUUUUGAAUCAAAGAAGAAAUGAAGAAUCUUAACGCAAAAAGUGGUUUCCCUAGUAAUGGCGAAAUAAUCCUUCUGGACAAAGUUGUAUAAUAUCACUUGUAUAUCUCAUGAGAUUGAAUCCAAAACAGUACAAACAAAAGUGACAUAAAAUUGCCACAUUUUAGCCACAUGUUAACUGCAAACUGAAGUGCAUAUGAACUAAAACUGUUCUUAAUAACUUCUGCAGUAGUAUAUCAGCUUGUGUUUUGUAGUUUUGCUUGAAGGUAUGUCUCUGGUCUGCGGCAGCUGGCAGUUCUUUAGCUUUAUGGUACAAAUCAGUACAAGACAGUCUACAGCAGAAAUGCUAAGUGAAGAAGAAGAAAAUGACAGGUUUUGUUUUACUCCUUAACAACAAUAAAAACAGAGAGAGAUGCUCAUUACAAUGGAUUUUUUGAGCACCCAAAACUUUGGUUUCUAUCAGUCUGAAUGGAAACACUGGUAAAAUGUAAAAUGAAUGUUCCCUGCAUCUGGUAUCUUAGUGAAACAAAGCUACGACAUCAAACACAUUUUCAACACGAAGCAGUAUGGAAUAACUAAAUGAGAAGGGUUACUAUUUAUUAUGGCAACAAAACAAUAUUUUAAAAGGAAAGCUGCUCCUUAAGCCAGUAUUCAUUUUGUAAAAUAUAGUUUGCACUUUCUUGACUUAUUUAUAAAGAGAUUAUGCCUUACUUGAUAUGUGCUAGUUAUAUUAUGGAAAUUUUAUAAAUAAUACUAUUCCAUAUAUUUGUAUCCAAAAUUAUUGUUUCAAUGAAUCACAAGUUCUACAACUAAGUUCUGAAUUUUAACUUUUCGUACUAACCAUUUUGUUCUUUUAUAUUUGUCUGCAAAAUGGCUGUUUCUGAUUCACAAGUUCUGCAAAUAAGUUUUGAAUUUUAACUUUUUAUAGUAGCCAUUUGAUUGCUUUCAGAAUAAACCACAUUUUACAGUU